AUUUGCUCGAGAUUCGAAGCAGCUCGAAGUUGCAACUUGCUGCAGACUCGGUUCACUUUUCUUGGCAGCAACUGUGAACAAGCAAGAAGAAGGCAAUUGCAACACGCAGCGAGUUUGGUAGGGCGCCUCCCAUAUGCUAGUUUUUGAAAGAGGCAAAAGCCUUGGGCAAUUGGGUCUAGUUUGAAGGAGCAGGUUUAGGAUAGCUCAGUUGACGUGGUUGGGACUGGAAGCAAGCUGCCGCUGCCAGAAAUCUAGAUUUUGUGAAUCUGGAAAGCAUUCGCCCACUGGCUCGUUUAUGAUUCUCUACUAUCUACUUCAUUGAUCAAACCUUCUAGAUCAGCAUAUCGUUGAAUUGUAGGGUCAACAUCAUCUGCUUAUUCACGACAUCCGGAAAGUCAUUAAAAGCUCCCAAUGGGUUACUCACCAGACCCCGGCUCUUGGCGGAACGCUUUGACAUACAUAUCACCAUAUGCUUUCUCAGCAGUCGGAAUUGGGAUAGCGAUUGGGAUUUCUGUCCUUGGUGCAUCAUGGGGUAUCUUCAUCACUGGUAGCAGCUUGGUUGGAGCAGCAAUCAAGGUUCCUCGUAUCACAUCAAAGAAUCUGAUCAGUGUGAUUUUCUGUGAGGCUGUGGCGAUCUAUGGGGUCAUUGUGGCCAUCAUCCUCCAAACAAAGCUGGAAUCCGUGAGAAUGGUGGACGAUCGGUGGACGCCAGAUGCAUUGCGGGCAGGCUACUCCAUCUUUGCAUCCGGGCUGAUCGUGGGGUUUGCAAACCUCGUGUGCGGGUUAUGCGUUGGCAUCAUUGGCAGCAGUUGUGCCCUUUCUGACGCCCAAAAUUCCACACUGUUCGUGAAAAUUCUCGUUAUUGAGAUCUUUGGAAGUGCUCUUGGACUGUUUGGGGUCAUUGUUGGCAUCAUCAUGUCAUCACAAGCUAUCUUUGUAUAAAGCAUAGGCCGUUCUCUAACUUGGUAACUUGUAGCUUUUACUGUUGCGUUUUUGCAAUCAGGUAAAAGGCAUUAAAUAUGUGCAAGAGGAGGUUUCAAAAGACGCUUUAGCCCGUGAGCAUCCAUGAUCGAAAUUUCCAUCCAUUUCGAAAUUGUUGUGAGAAAUAUUGCUCCUUGAAUCAGUGCGCA